AUGGCACCGUCCGCCGUUGCUUCACCACCGAAGAGGAGGAAAGUGGCAUCGUCCAGUCCUUCUAAACAGGCUGGACCUAGUGGCACUGCUCAGCCGUCUCUUCUCUCCUUCUUCGGCAAUGGUCCCUCCUCAUCGUCCUCUCCGAAUCGCUCCGACUCACUACAACGCACACCUUCGGAUCAACAGCACUGUGAUGAGCCUCGACUCGAUAGCAAAGCGGAAAGCACAGCCGACUGUCCAAUCUGCGGCCGAAAGAUUCCUUUCAACACGGUACAGGCUCACGUCAAUACCUGCCUCGAUGCUGCAGACACAAUAGAUCAAGAGCCACAGGUUUUGCGGGACCAUGUCAACGAGCAGCCUUUAUCGCCAGCCAAGGAUGCCUCUCCCGGCCAAUCAUGCUCGCCUGCACCACCUGCCGACAUUUUACGUCCUCUAAAGACUGAAGCAGCCACCGCACAAAGGCUGACGCAGCCGCAACCAGCCAAACUCACAUCUAUAUCCGAGCUAGCUUCGACGCUAGACGCAACCGUCGCACCGACCAAUGCAUCUAUACAAGGCACCGGCGUCACGGCUCAAGCCGUCUCAGGCACGAAAUCAUCAACGACACCCUCUUCCAUUCUCUCCUCUGCCAAGCGCGCAGACUCGUCCGCAUUCACAGUGCUUAUGAAGUCCCAUUCCGAGUCGAAACAAUGGGCCACAGCAGAUGCAGUCGAAGCUGCAAACUACCGCGGCAAAGCAAGGUCGCGACCAGACGCUCGUACAGCUCCCUUUUAUAAAGCGCUCGAAGGCAUGCCUCUCACUGUCGACGCCUUUCGUUUCGGAAAGAUUGAAGGUUGCCGCGGUUACUUUCUCACUCAUUUCCACAGCGAUCACUACGGAGGCAUGACUGCCAAUUGGAACCACGGUCCCAUCUACUGCAGCCUCACUUCAGCCAACCUCUGCCGCACUCAUCUCGGUGUUGAUCCACAAUGGCUGAGACCGCUCCCGAUGGAAGUCCCCGUGCUGGUGCCGGAUAGCGGAGGCGUCACGGUCACCUGUAUCGAAGCCAACCACUGUCCUGGAUCAUGUCUCUUCCUUUUCGAAGGCCCGCAGACAUCGCAGCUGCUCUCGCGCAAUCAUGCCAGCCCUUACAUCGGCACAGGUAGGAUCUUCCGGUACCUCCACUGCGGCGACUUUCGCGCCAGUCCGGUCCACACGAAUCACCCCUCCAUCAUCGGCAAGAAGCUUGACAUUAUCUACCUCGACACUACUUACUGUAACCCACGAUAUUGUUUCCCAGCUCAGGAUCAGGUCAUCGAGGCCUGCGCCGAGCUCGUGCGCCGCAUAGUGCCCGAGGCACAGCUGGAAUGUAACAAAGCUCUCAUGCAAAAGCAGAUCGAAGCUGGAGAACGGGAGGACUGGACACAAGCGCCACCGCGCAAGCUCAAGGGAAGCGUCGAUACCAACAGCGCUUCGGCCAACGCAUUCAAGGGUUGGUUCGAGACCAAAGUCGAGAACCCCGACGGUACGAUCACGGCUCUGCGACCUCCGUCAAUAUCAAGGGACUCGAGCAGUGGCGAGAUCAAAUUUGAAGAAGAGUCGGAUGCGGUUUCGAUCAAGCAGGAGGAGGCACAGGAUGAGAGUCUGGGAUACGACGACGAAGAUCUCUUCGACCAAGAAGACCCGGUGGAAGAGGACGGCGUGUACGACAGACCCGCGAACGCCUCGGAACAGACUUCAGUUCCUCGCGUCAAGCUCGAGCCGUCAGACGACUCCCUGCUCGAUGUACCGUUCGCAAGCGAGAAGGCAGACGAUCAGGUCAAAGUCGAGCCAACGGACUCGCCAGCACGAGAGAUGAAAGAGGAAGACGAUUCGAAACCCGAUGUCAAGGCGACGACGCCAGACGAUGCAACUGCAAGCAAUUGGCUGACCAAGCAUUCCGAGACGUCACGAGAUGCCGUCUCGUCGAUGCGGCGUCGCGACGGUGGUCGUUUACUCGUCGUCAUCGGCACCUACACCAUCGGCAAGGAACGGAUCGUCAAAGCUGUAGCUCGCGCCAUGAACUCCAAGAUCUUCUGCAUGGACUCACGCAAGUACCGCGUGUACGCACAACUCGAAGACCCCGAACUGCAUUCGAUGCUCACCCGUUCGCCCUCUGCAUCGGUGCACGUCACCAAUCUGCACGCGAUCAACGGCGAAGGGCUCCGCGAUGUCGUUGCUGCGCUCCGUACGCGCGGUCACGACUUCACGCACGCGGUAGCAUUCCGUCCCACCGGCUGGACGUAUAAACCACCCGCUGGGAUGGACACGGUUUCGCCCAGUCUCGAUCGUCUGAUCCAGUGGAACCAAUCGCGGUCGUUUGGGUUCCAAAAUCUGUACCCGACGAGGGACAGUACGCCGGAUUACAUGAUCUACGGCGUACCGUAUUCAGAGCAUUCGAGCUUCUUUGAGUUGACCGCGUUCGCGCUCUCGACGAGGUACGAUAGGAUCAUCGCGACGGUGAAUGUGGGGAAUCCGACGAGCCGGGCGAAGAUGGCAAAGUGGUUCGAGAAGUGGAUGUUGGAGAAGCGGAGGAGGGAGAAACACGGGUUGAGCGAGUUGGAUGCCAGGGCGAUUACUUAUUGGUGA